AUGUGGAUGAGACUCCAAGGUGCCGCACAAUUGUGGCCAUUGUUCAUUUGCAUUUGCAACGCAUUGACCCUCCCAACCCCACCUGUUAAUACAACGGAUAUUGCAAGCUUGGACUCGCAGACUAACGGGAGGCUCAGUUACAGGAUUUCCACAGGCACGAAACUUUUGGACAAACUCGACUCCUAUAUCGUUGCCACGCAGAUUCUUGCAUACUUAUCACGCCUUGAUCGUCAUGGCACCGAGCCAAGACAGACUUUCGAGUACAAGUCUGUCUUCAUCCAAGUCUCGGUUCCAGGCGCACCGCAGGAUGUCCGGCUGCCGCGCUAUCUCCUGGUGUGGAUACUCGGUCUAGCGACAGGCUACUUGUCUGGUCAGACACGCCCAGUCGAGGUAGAUUUUACGCCGCAGAUCGAUGGUCGUCCUGCGGGUCUUAUACAAUUUAUCCCAAUUCAUCCAACAUCCGGACAUUCGGAAGCAACCCAGAAUAUCACCCUCCCGCAAAGAGGCAACGAGACAAACAAAGAUAACAGCUUUCCUGGAAAGGAAGGUGAAGUGAAGAAUGUGUACAUGACAGCGACAUCUAGUCAGAAAAACUCGAAUUUAACGCAAGCGUCUGUAUCAUUCGACCACACAAACACAACAGAAAUAGCCGCAUCAUCUAACGCAAAUAUCGCGACCACCAUCGAUUAUGUCUCAAAUAUAGACUAUGGGUACGCAAAUUUCUAUUGGCUAUUGUCCAAUUUUUACGGCAUCCUCUUCCAUCGGCCAGGCAAUCAAGAGUCCGAAGACCAAGCAUAUGCGAUUGCAGGCUGCGCACUGGUAAUCAGUGUUCUCAAAGCAGACCGGGCUGUCCAAGAGAGCCGGCCGUUUGUAGUUGAUAACGUGCUAGACGGCCUUGAUCGCAUCUUGGCGCAGACGAUAAGGCUACGCUUGUAUGAAGAGCUGUUGGCUAAAAUCUUUGACUUGACUGGGGGUACGACUUAUGGUCUAGGCAGUAUUAUGAUUGGGAGGAAUCUUUCUCCAGGCAGGUCUGAUGUUCAAGUUAGCUGA